AUGUCAGGCGCGGCGAGCUUGGGUUGUGCGAUCAAGAUUGUCGCAAUUAUCCUUGCAAGUAAGUAUUGUUCACUUCCGCCAUUUUGGGUGGCACAUUAAAAAUAGUUAGUUAAAAGCGAACAUAGCGUGAAAACAAGACUGUAGCACUGACUACGACUGAGUUGUAAUGCUCCGCAGCUGCAUGUGUAGUAAUCUUUAAUAAAAUUUCUUUUGACACGGUAGCCUAUUCAGUAUAAUAUUUACCGAUCUGUUUUUCAAAGGGCCGUGGUAUAUAAUAUCAAAAACACAUUAACUAUAGUUGUUUACUAAUUAAUUACAGCAGUUUACUAAUUAAUUAUUACACACUCCAUUAAUUUCGGAAAUCAUUAUACAUUAUUGUGUAACGCGGAUGUUAUUGGUUACUUCAUCCGAUAAUUCGUUCCACCCUUGUGCUGCUCUAUAAGAAAAACUUCUUCUUUUGCCGCCCACUGCAAGACCUGAAUAUCUUGUCCACUUCAAAGCAAGUGGGAAAACAUAACAAAAGAAAUGAACUCAACCAUUGGAAAGAGCAUCCCCAGAUUGGUAUAGAUAUAUAAAUGGUUAUAAAUUUAAGUUAUGUAUGUUAUAAAUAAUAAACUUGAGAGAAUUUUAAAAAUAACAUGCACCAUAAACUUUUGAUUCUCUUGGCUAGAACGAUCCAAAAACAAAUUAGUGAAUAUAAAAGCGAUCACGUGACAAAAUAUAAACCAAUUUGAUGGAUUGAACAUGUUAAUACAAAAGGCAAAAACAAAUUUGAACUGCCAAAGUAAAAAAAAUGACAGGUGAAAUUCUAUCAGAUAUAUAAAUAUAUUUAAUUUCAUUUGCUUACCACAACUCAUAUAUAAUAAUAAUAACAUUUAAUAUCCAUCUUUGGUUAAAAAAAGUACAAUGGAUUUACAAGAAGUGCUAAGGUUAAAAUUGAAAAGAAGAAAUUUACUAUUAUUUACAUCAAUGUGCUAAAAAUGUUUAUAAUAGUUAUUCUAUAAAAUUAAUUUAGGGCUGUUUUAAAAGAGAUAUGGCUCUAGGUAUAAAGGAUUGCCGGUGUCUUUUAGUAUACGAUACAACAUAUGGUAGAUUAUUUGUUGUUCUUAGAUCGUGUUCAUGGGUAAAAGGUUGGGGGAUAAGUUUAUAUACUAGAUCAUUUAGUUGACUUAAUACAUUUAUAUUUGAAAUGUAAAUCCAAGUUUACUAUAGUAAAAUAGACAAGUUUAAAAACAAUAAAAUUGCAUCAGUGAUCAUGAAAACAUUGAUUUUUACAAUAUGACUCAUAGAGACAUCGCCAUUUUGGCAGUUCAAUGAAUAAAAAUGGCAGGCUAAAAUUUAUUUCACCUGCCAAAACAUUUUAGACUGGCAGGCCAUAUUUUUCUAUAUACUUGAAGCCUUGUAAAGUAAGAGUUGAAAUGAAUUACUAUAGAGUUAAACGUAGAAAAAAACUCACUCAAUCUCAAUGCACUACCUUCGACCUACAAAAGGUAAAGGGCAGCGCGCUAGCUACAGUACGUGUCUGCGACCAAUCCCUUAAGGGGCGCGCAGGGGAAACAGAAAGAAAAAAAAUUCGUGCACCAAAAAAGUUUGAAAAAAAAUUCGUGCAGAGACUUUCAAUAGGGAAAAUUAUAAGUUGAAAUAAAACAAAAUUCGUGCAAGGGAUUGUAUUUAAAAAAAAUUAUCGACACAAGCAAAAACAUUUUAAAAAAUAUUCGUGUUAAAAAAGUCCCCCCAUCACUUUUCUAAUGGUCCGCCCCUAAUUAUUUUUCCUUUCUGAGGUUUAUGUCCGUUGGUUAUGAGUUGGUCAUGUGCUGAAAGGAAUGCUUAUUGUCAUUGGCGACGGAUAUAUGAAUGUGUUAACGAAGAUGAGAAAGGUUGCCCAUGCUUUUACGAAUUUUACGGACCAGGCUGUCACAAAUGUAUGUAAUUUUAUUAAAAUUAAUCAGAAUUUGAUUGUAUAUUUAUCAUAUACCUUAAAAAUAUAGCAUUUGUAAAUUCUGUUCGCUGAUUGGCUGAGAGCCGUGUUGAUAUAACUUUAUAUUUCUUUGUGUUAUAUUAUAAAAAUAUAUAAAACAUUUUCCCGUAUUGAUAUACAGUUAUAUAAACACUCGUGGAAAUUGGGAAAACUCAAGUUUCAACUUGAAGGAAAUCAGAAACCUGCUUGUAACCCAGGUUCAAAACUAUGCUGUAUUCAACAAAUAUAAAACAUUUUCCGUGCUGAUAAUAUACAGUUAUAUCACAGUUAUACAGUUAUAUCACUGUGGUUAUAUCAACACGAGUGAAAAUUGGGAAAACAACGAGAAAUUGUGUGGAAACAUUACACCCGGAGGGCGUCGUGUUUCCACACCAUUUCGAGUUUUUCCAAAUUCCCCUCGUGUUGACUAACUGUAUAUGAACACGGAAAAUGUUUUAUAUUUGUUAAAUACAACAUAUAGUUUUGAACGUGGGUUAGAAGCAGGUUUCUGAUUUCCUUCAAGUUGAAAUUUCCUUCUAUGAAACUCUUCAACAAUUAGUUCACGUCCAGAAUCCUUUUAAUUAAAAAAGAGUGUGUUUUUUUGCUUACAGGGCAAAAAGGUUCAAUUCGAUGCGCAAAAAGUUUGGGUAUGGCGCAUAAUGUGCGGAACAUCAGCGAUGAACAACUCAAUGCAACCUCUUGGCUCGAUGAGAACUUUUCACCGCAACAAGGUCGAUUAUACAACCCAACGUCCGCGUGGUGUGCACACAACUUAGACACACAACCGAUAUUUACAGUCACAUUAGAGAAGACCUACACGUUAAUCGCAGCACACAUUCAGGGCGAUCCUGUAAACGGCAAAAAUUUUCCUCGCACGCUAUCUAUCGACACACAAAAACCGGGGAGCGAUUUUGUAAAUGUGUAUAAUGGUGGUGUUAACAUUGUAAGUUGAGUAUGACUAUUUGUUAAAUACACCACGUUUAUUUAUUAAACGAAGCUUUUCAUCCCGGAAUAGACCAGGGGCGGAUCUGGCGUCAUCUGCAAGGCGGGGUGCAGUUAGCAACGCUAUCCCAACAUUACCAUUAUUUGAGAUGGCCCUGCAUGUUCGCCGUUCUAUUACGUUUUACAUCAUCUUUAUUUGUUUAGAAUGUUUAUAUCGGCUUUAGGCUUUUCAUCACGUAUGCGUGACUGGACAGUUGCUGUAGCACAGUACAGUAUAUUUGCUUGUUGAAGUACAGUAUAUUUGAAAAUAUGGAUGUAUAACAACCUCGACUCAUAGAUAUCUUAUAUAGACUAGAUAGCGCAUCUCUUUUAGUAAAAUUGAAGCCAAGAAUAUUCCAGCGGUUACCCCCAUUUGAAUAGAUGGCGGCCAUGUUGGUAGUUCCCACUCGCUAAUAAACGCUUAAAAAACAACAAUAACUUUCAUCAUUUGAAUAGUUUGAAAAUGUAUUUGGAAUAGGUUGAACUUAAUGUUUAAGUUCCCUGUUUAAGAGAUAGAAAACAUACGAGUCUUCUGAUUUCAUGGGAAUAUCCUGAGUCUGCAAUCACGGCUUCAAUUUUUGAAUUGCAGAAUAAUUAGAUGCACUAUCUAGUGUAUAUAAGAUAUCUAUGCCUCGACUGCAUAUGUUUACAUAUUUAACCAUGAUAUUUAACUAAAGCAUUCUGAGUAUUCUCUCACGAGCUCACAAAUCAAUUAAACUCGUUUCAACAGAUCGACACACGCGCUAACAGUAGAAGUUCCGCUAGUCGAAAAGCAGAAAAUGUGUGGUCAAGCAGAUUAGGGUGGUGCUGGACUUCUCUAGGGGGUACUAGACAUCACUAUGUGGGGUUCGCAUCCCUGCACGCCCAUGCACGUUAGAUACACCCCUGACAUAAAUACUGCCUCUACUACCUUUCAUAUUAAACUGUUCAAUAGUUUUUGAAUAGAGCUGCUGGUCAAAGCCACAGAGGUGAACGUCAGUAGAGUGUCUUUUCCGGAAGUUGAAAAGACAGUCAGAAAUCAGUAGAAACGUUCGUGUUUUAUGACGUCACGGUGAAGGAAUGCAGCGUGGAACUUGUUGUUGUUAUUGUUGUUAUUAUUAUUAUUAUUAUUAUUAAAACAUCUUUAUAUACGGUAGCUAAUCAACUAUCUGAAAAUAUUUACAAAGUUUUCGUUGCUUUUCAUUAGGCGGUGUAGUUACAAACAGUAUAAGAAACUCCCAUCGACCCUCCCCAGAUAAUAACAGUAAAAUCUUCACACUCAAACCCCACCCAAAUAAGAUAAAAGAUAAUUCAAGAGUUUUUAUUUCUUUCAUUCCAAACUUUAGCAGCAGCAUAACCGAAAGUACGUUUCAUUGAAUUUGUUUUUGGCCUCGACAACAUCAGCUUAUUAUUAUUGCUUCUUAAUUCAUAUCUUACAGAGUCGGAUAAUUUAAACAUAUCCGAAAUGUUCUUAGGACAUUGGCAUGUAAGAGCUUUUGAUACAUAUUUUAGUUGUUAUUUUACUUAUUUGUAACUUUAUUUAGUUUAACAAAUUGGCAAUUGUCCUUUUCCACAAAAGACCUUCAGAAUUAAACUAAUUUCCAGCCACUUUUAUUAGGCUAUCCUGAUAUAAACUUGUGGCGUGUUCACACCCCACUAACUUCACUUUCCACGCUGCAUUAUCCUUCACCGUGAUGUCAUAAAACUUGAACUGUCCUUUCAACUUCCGGAAGAGACACUCCACUGAUUUCGGUAAUACAAGCAGAGGUUAUUGUGCAUAUCUUAUCAAACUUAAUUUUUUUUAAGAAUGGAAAAAAGAAUUUUAAAUUUUGGAUUAUCUUGCGGCCAUACAACGGAAAAGUCGUCCAGUUUAAAGUGUUGACUUAUGAAGGAGAUUAUGCUUGCAUGCGUGUUGAACUAUAUGGGUGUUAUCGUGAUGGUAAGUAUAAAGACGAGAGUCUUUUGUAUGUUACGUAACACGCGCUCAAAACUACUCCGGCCUUAAAAUAUCUUUUACAGAUCGACGAUGACUGUGUUUGGAUCGGACAAAUGUGUGAUGAUGUCUGAUGACCUUCAGUUCAGUUUGGCCGGGAAAUAAUUUGAAUGACACGAAUUAAUACCAGCACAAUGUAUUAAUUCAUACUUGUUUCCAAGCCAAAAUUAACUUGCUAGCCAAGAACAACAGUAAGACUUCGUCACCUUAAGCAAUAAGCCUGUUUUCCACUUAUUUCGCUCGCCGCCCUCGAUUACACGAAAACAACAUUCCCAGUUCACUUUUUAUACAUUACUCUGAUUUUCCAUUCAUGUUAACAUACGAGCCUCUAGUCCUGGACUAGGGUAUACACUAUACAUUUUGAUUUACGUUGGACAAAGUUACAGUUAGAUCGGGCACCAAUACACUAUGGUCGGACAAACAAUAAACCUCAGUUGCACUUUCGUCCGACAGAAUUUCCAGUGGUUUCCUCACUACGUCCGAUAAUUUCACAUUUGGACAACGUCUGUGACCGACCGAUAUUUUAAGGCUUGCUAAUGAAUAUAUAGUUUUCCACUUGGUUACGAGUAUAUUUUUAAAAUUUUUGACACGUUUUUCAAACUUGAGGAAAAGUAUGUUUAGUGCUUACAAUGAAGAGAUAUUAGAUUGUACGCUAAAGAGAUGUCUGAAGUUCAGUAAGUUUUGCUUAUAUUGCUGUAUAAAUGUGGCGUUAAUUUUACAGCAUCAAUGAUAAUUGUAUUUAAAUUGACAAUAUUUAACUAUUAUUUUGUGUUUCUCAACCGCCAGAUACAUUUAAAAAGGUUGCUAUAACUGUAUAAACCACAAAAUAAAGCUAAAACAAACUGAUUUUGAGAGAAACGCCAAAAACAUUUUGGUAGCGCUUACUUACGCUAUCAAUGGCACAACCUUGUGUCACUAUACAGAAGUCCAUCUCCAUUGUUUUUUGCGUGUACUAUUCGCCAUGAUUCGCCACUGAGCAAGUACCGUAAACAGAAGCAGCCCCCCCCCCUGGACGUGCGCCAUUUUUAGUAUUUCCAGGGGGCGACUGCUUCUGUUUACGGUACUUGCUGAGUGACGAAUCAUGACGAAUAGCGCUUACGCAAAAAACAAUGGAUAUGGAUUUCUGUAUAGUAUUCUGUGCCUGUCUAACGAAUUUUUUUAUGCAGUUGAAAAUCCUCGAAAUGACGUUGACUGUUUUGAAACGUUGGGUGUAAAAGACUCCGCCAUAUUUCCUGACAAUUCAUUCUCUGCGAGUACAAAAGCGCCUGGAACGAAACCUUGGCAUGCCAGAUUGGACGGUGAUGGUUCAUGGUGCCCAGAAGACGAUGACGGACAGCCAACUUUAAACAUUGAAUUGCCGGAUGUGGAUAAACAUAUUUUUGCUAUUGCGACUCAAGGAGGCUCGAAGUCUGAGAGAUAUGCAAGAUAUUUAACUAUAUUUAAAGAUGGUGUUCAGCACAAGUUAAAUAACCAUGGGGUAUGUUAAAAAUUGGCGAUGAUUAUCCAUUAAAAUCGAGAUUUUGGGGGUUCCCCGGGAUUUGAUUUUCCUGAAUUAUAUUUGAUGUUUUUUUUGCGAUUUGUAAUGCUCCAUCAUACAUGAAAUUUUUCUACCUAUUUGUACACGGUUUUGGUAAAGAAAGACUGCUGGAAAUAUUGCAAAGUUGUUAUAAUUUGUCAUCUCACUUUUAUAUGUGAAAAUAUUUGUAAGUAAGUAGUUUACGAUUUUUGACCCUGCAUGUGCAUUGUCACUUGGCAACUUUUUAUGUAAAAUAGUCCAAAGUAGAGCGCAGUUGAAAUUGUGACUCAUUAUUGCCUCUCCUAUCGUUUGUUUAAUCAUAUUAUAAACUAUAUUAUAUGGCAUUAUAAUCCCAAACACCUUAUAGUAGCCUACAAAUUUAUCGUCUGUACAAAAACGUCAGUGUCAUGCAUAUACUAUGUAUGUUUUAGUCUGUAUGUAAUGGACCUUUCCCCUUAUAACUAAAAUCUCGAUCUAGAAAAAAAUUUCAUCACAGCUUGAAAGAGCAUCACAAAAUUAGUAAUAUUCCAAAGUUUUGUUGCAAAAUCUUGUGAAAUGCGGAUAAUAUAGCCUUGCGAAGUUUGCCGUUUUUCAGUCAUUUUAGAUUACAAACGGGAAAUUGACAUCCGAUUCGGGUGUUGGGGCUGCAAUUUCCGUUUGUAAUGCAAAAUGACUGAAAAUUGCAAACUUCGCAAGGCUCUAUUUUCCUCAUUUUACAACAUUUCGCAACGAAACGUUGGAAUAUUACUAAUUUUGUGAUGCUCUUUCAAGCUGUGAUGAAAUAUUUGUCUAGACUUGCCUAGAUCAAAAUUUUGGUUAUAAGGGGAAAGGUCUAUUCAUUGUAAUCUGAGAGGAUUGUGUUGGGUGUUUUUGUAGACGUUUUACGUGAAUUAUGACGGCGUGUCAACAGUUUUGAAUUUUAUCGAUCAGGGAAUACCAAUGAGAGAUCAGGAUGAUGACCCAGCAACGCCCAACGAGUUACAAUUAAAACCAAUACCCGAUAGCACCGGAAAUUGCAUGAGAGUAGAGUUGAUCGGUUGUGGUAAGCUUUCUACUUGA